GCAAAGAUGACGCCGAAGGCAAAGAAGGAAGCCCCUACCCCUCCCAAAGCCGAAGCCAAAGCAAAGGCUUUGAAGACCAAGAAAGUGGUGCUGAAAGGCAUCCACAGUCACAAAAAAGGAAGAGCAGCCUAUCACCUACAUUCUGAUGGCCAUUCUGAUGGCGUCUCCAAAGGCAGCCCAAAUAUCCUUAAAAGAGCGCCUCCAGAGAAACAAGUUGCCCUGUGCCAUCGUCGAGUUCUCUGUGACCACCGAGUCAGCCCUGAAGAAAAUAGAAGACAACAACACACUUGUAUCCAUUGCCAAUGCCAAGGCCAGCAAACACCUGUUCAGACAGGCUGUGCAGAAGCUCUAUGACAUUGACGUGGCCAAGGUCAACACCCGGGUCGGGCCCAACCGAGAGAAGGCAUAUGUUCGGCUGAGUCCCGACUAUGACACUUUGGAUUCCGCCAACAAAAUUGGCUUCAUUGAGAUGGAGAGUGAAAACACUGCUGAGGGCCCAAAAGCAAAGACUUGGCUGGAUGACUUUGCUCAGGAAAAGUGUUGGGUCAUGAUAACUGAAGUAGAGACUAUGAAGGAAGGGGACCAAAAGGCCUGGAGAGAUGGGCCCUCCUGCUGA